CACGGUGGCGUGCACGCCGACGUGAGCGACGCAGGCCGAUUUGAACUCGUUUUGGCGCGGCGUGCGAUUCAGUGAAUUGUUGUUAUUAUUGAAUUAUUGGCGAAAUGAUUUAGACUCAAAACACAAUUAAUAUUAAUAUAAAUAAAACUCUUAUUAGAAAAAUCAGAUGUCUGUUUUAAAAACGUUUAAUAAGCUACCGGAGCUGAACACAGCGAACAUUAUGCUCGUUGGAAGUGAUGUUUCUGAUCUGGAGAAGUUGUCUCGCUCUAUUAUGGAUGAGAACCACAGUUUCAAUGUCAAUGUGCGUCUGGCUCAGAGUCUUCCUCUGCCGGUGGAGAAUGAGACAGCCGGCCCAGAAGUUGACCUGCUGGUGUUUAUGGUGAAUCUGCGCAGCAGCUACAGCCUCAGUUUGGCCGAGUCCUCCUUGAAGUUCAUUGAUCCGCACUACUUCCUGGAAAGGUCUACUUUUUAGCCACGGGUGAGUGAUUCAGACAGGCUCUCUGUGGCUCGCCGGUUCCUCACUCUGCUCAGGAUAGCAGCUGGUCUCGUACCCGGGGCCUCUGCCCUGUUCCUCAACACCCUGCUGAAGGGCGCCCCCGCCUCUGCCAACGAGGACCCCCCCAAUUAGUCUCCACCCCCUCCCCCUCCCUUCCCUCAGACGCAGCGAUGUGUUUUGUAAAGGUUGGAUGUAAAUAAAGCUUUCUGUUUGUGUUGAUAAAAGUCCUCCGCUAUGUUGAUGAGGAUGGGAGACGCUCUUUCAAACAGAUAGAUGGAGGAAUGUGUGAAAACCGCCUGCAC